GGCAUAUUGACGCUGAUACUGUGACGUCAUGUUCAACGUCCAUGACGCCAUUUUGACAUUGGAGACGGCGUCCAGUUUUACACAACAGCAUGUUUUGUUUCGUUAGAGAAAAAAAUGACUAGUGGACAGAGAUGAGCGAGGCCCCGGCAAUUCCGGCCAAACCAAGCGAAGGCGUGCCGGAACCAGAAACUUUCUGGGAACUAAUUGAGAAGCUCCUCCAACAUUCGUCACAUGAUGAACAAAAACGAUUACGUCAUAAUGUUUCGUUGUCAGCGCUGUGCCGCGGGCAUGCGCUAUCGAAACUCACUCGAGACAAAACGCCGCAAAUCACAAAAAGUACCUUUACCUCAAAAGAUCACACAAAUUCUAAGAUGUCGAAAGUCUUGCAAAAUACUAAACAAAAGGAACUUUCAAGUGGAUGGAAACUGGCGCUAAGGAGGAAUAAAAACCACGACACGAACGCCCAACAAACCAGAAGUGAAUGUAAUUUGUCAGACUCGGAUGUAGUUUACGUUAAAGAUUCAGAAAUACCCGCAUCGGAGCGGCUUUGGCGGUUUGCUAUAAGAAAUAGACAACAUCAGCAAGAGGACGAAGCGAGCAAGGAUGAUCAUAAACCAAUACCAAGUGUCCGGAGUAACGAAGCAAUUUAUGAAGGACUCAGAAGGAGACUAGAAGACGCAAAAACAGAGGAUAACACUGUAAUUAAACCUAAACAAAAACUGAAAAGGCAGAUGAAAAAAGUUAAAAAGCAUCAUUGUGAAAAUAAAACAAACAAUUUCGGCUUUGCCAGUAGUAAGAUAGAAAAUAAAGAUUCCAAAUCCAUCCCAAACACAACAGUUUCUUUAGCCAGAAACCCAAAACCAUCAAUGCCAAAGCAGCAAACGAAAUCCAGACCAAUUGCUCAUGAUUUAAAUCGAACACCUGUCAAAAAUCUCAUUGAAUCUGGUGAAAUGGUUUAUUCCUACGUCACUCCAGAACAUUUCGAAACUAAGAGGUCAUUGUACGAUUCAGUGUUGAAAAAACGACUGACAUGUGGCAACCGUCUACAAAUGAUUAACAGAGAGAUCGUUGAUAAAAACAUGAACCCUCGAACGGUGCUAAGCCGGGAAACAACGAAGAAAUACACGGAAUUAAAAAGCGACUAUUUAAAGCUUUGUUACCAAGAGUCUUCCUUACGUCAUGAAAUCGCAGUGCUGCAUGCAGAAAUAUAUAUGAUGCAAAAUAAAAAAAUCCACAAAAGACCAGCAGCAGUGAAAACGAUUACCUUAGACUCAAAUUUCUCGCAACUCCCUCAGACAGCCGACACUUGUGAUACGAAAAAUAAUAGGAAUGACUUUGAAAAAGUGGUACCUUUACCGCGCCUAAAACCACCCAAACCUCUAAUUUUAGCACAGCAGAAACACAGGUAUUAUGUAAAUGAUCAGUCAAUGCAAGCUAGGAAGCCGGUGCAAACAAAAGAAAUGUCAUUUAGCACACAGAAAGCAGCUCCAAGUAAGAAAGGUUCCAGCACGAGUUUUCCGCGUUUGGUACAAAAAAUGUCGCCAAAAAGUGUAUGUGCAUUGUAUUCGCUGACGGCAUCACUACAAGCUCCACCAAAGAGACAACCUAACGCACUACUGGUACCCGACACUGAUGAAAUACAGACAGCUCACAGGCUCCCAAAGAUCAAUAUACCUGUAAACACACAUUUGUAAUCAUAUCCGAAUACAAUCCUACAAUUAUGAUAACUUUAAGAAAUCUG